GCCCCUCCAACGCAUCCGACUCCACCGCCUCCCCCUCCCCCUCCGUCUCCACCUCCGCCACCUCCCCCGCGGUCACCGACCGCGUCUUCAUGGACUUCAGCGUGUGCCCUAGCUACCUCCGCCCCGACCGCCCCCUUGGCGCCGACCUCGCCGCGUGCGCCGACGCCGAGCCCCUCGGCCGCGUCGUCUUCGGCCUCUACGGCCGCCUCCUCCCCGUCACCGCCGCCAACUUCAAGGCCGCGUGCGCCGCCGCCGCCUACCGCGGCACCCUCGUCCACAAGGUCCUCCCCGGCCAGUUCUUCGUCGCCGGGCGCCAGGGCCGCCGCGAGAAGGGCGAGGUGCGGCCGCCGCCGGGGCUCGCCAGGAACGUCGAGACCGUCGACCCCAAGGCGUUCCAGCUGAGGCACUCGAGGCCCGGCACGCUCUCCCUGUGCUUGUCCGAGAACGACGACGACGACGAGGUCAAGCUGGAUCCCGAUUACCACAAUGUGGAGUUCCUGGUCACGACCGGGCCGGGGCCGUGUCCGCAGCUCGACGGCGAGAACAUCGUGUUCGGCACCGUGCUUGAAGGACUGGAUGUUGUUACCGCUAUAGCUAGCAUUCCUACUUACAAGCCAGCUGAGAGGAUUCGCCUAUUGAAUGAUUUUGCCGAGUUUAUCGGCGACGAGAGAGCUCAAGUGGCCCGCACGAUGUGGAAUCGGCCGCUGAAAACAGUUUAUAUCAGCGACUGCGGAGAGCUAAAAGUGACAAAGCCUUCACUUUCGCCGAGUUUACCAUAACAUAUUAAGAGCAAUACUAUGAAUUCGAAUGAGCUAUUUUUGUUACAUGUGUGUCUUAUUUCUUCUCUGUUUUGCUUCAGCAAAAGAGCAUGUGUUAAAUUCUGUAAAGCCCAUUUCUGCCACAUAAUCUCAACUUCACAAAUAUGUUAUGUAGAAUGCUGUACAUUCACAAGCCUACAAAAGAAAAUUCAUUCCUUUUGGUAUCUACCAAUAAAAUGAAAAAUAAAUUUAUAGU